CUGAAAAAUCUCCUGGAGUUCCUUACCCUUUCCAACACAAUAAUUAUGUUCUUAGCCCUACUCCCACUCAUCUGUCUUCUAAUUAUCACCACCAAAAAAGCCUCAUGCAAAGUCUAUUUGGUAAAUUUCUCAUGUUACAAGCCACCAAAUUCUCUACAAUGCUCAAAGGAACUGUCUAUGAAGCUAGCAAGACAAAGUGGAUAUUUCUCAGAAGACUUGCUUGAUUUCAUGAAGAAAAUUUAUGAAAGAAAUGGCAUUGGUGACUCCGCUUAUGUAACAGAAAAAUGUUUUGGGUUGAUAUAUGAUCCUUCGAUGAAAGAUGCAAGAAUGGAAAUUGAAACGAACAUCUUCAGUGCAGUUGACAUGCUUCUGGCAAAAACGGGUGUAAGAUGUGAUGAUAUUGGGAUACUCAUUGUGAAUUGUUGCAUUUAUAAUACGAUGCCAUCGGUUUGUAGCAUGAUAGUCAACCGGUAUAAGUUUAGAGAAAGCAUCAUCACCUACAGUCUGGUUGGGAUGGGAUGCAGCGCGGGACUUAGGGCAAUAGGACUAGCUAAACACCUUCUUCAGGUGAAUCAGAACACCUAUGCAUUGAUAGUGAGUACCGAGAGCAUUACAGAAAACUUCUACAUCGGCAAAGAUCGUUCCAAGAUCCUUCCCAACUGCAUGUUCCGCGUCGGAAGCGCCGCGAUCCUCCUCUCCAACCGCCCGUCGGAUCACAACAACUCCAAAUAUCAACUUCUUCAUGCAGUGCACACCAACACAUCAAGUUCAGAUCGGUCAUACAACUGUGUCCAACGGGAAGAAGACAACGUCGGAAUGAUCGGUAUCACCGUCACCAAAGACCUUGUCGCCUCCGCCAUAGCCACUAUCAAACCAAACAUCGCUGCCUUAGGUGGCAAAAUCCUUCCGAUAAAAGAGCAACUCCUUUACAUAAUAACUUACAUCGCAAGAAAACUACUUCCGUCAGUGAACAUCCAGCCGUACCAACCUAAUUUCUGCAACGCCGUCGAUCACUUCCUCCCGCACGUCGGCGGGAAGAUGGUGCUCGACGGACUGCAGAAAAGCCUAGGGUUUUCCAACAUCGCCAUGGAAGCUUCGAGAAUGACAUUGUACAGGUACGGAAACACCUCUAGCAGCUCGAUAUGGUAUGAGUUGGCUUACGUGGAGGCAAAAGGUCGGGUGAAAAAAGGAGACCGGGUCUGGCACAUCGCGUUCGGAUCAGGUUUCAAGUGUAGUAGUGUGAUUUGGCAUGCAAUGAAGACCCUUGAUGCUAAUGAUGAUGAUAAUAAUCCUUGGAUGGACGAGAUUUCCGGAUUUCCGGUGACUUUGACAGAUUGCGACGAACAAAUGCCUGUAUAUUCGUACCUUCCAAGUGAAGUCGAUUAAUGUUAUGUUGUUUAAGUUCCUAAAACAUCCUGUUACGAUUACUAGCUGUAAUGUUACGUUGCAAUACCGAGUCCAUUAUGAUAAAGAUUUGUAGUUUUUUUUUUCCUUUUUUUGUGAGUUGUAACAUAGUUAACAGAAGGAUCUUUAUGCAUCUUACAUCAUUUAAAUUAUUUAUUUAUUUAUUUAUUAUUCUAAUUUAACAUAUAAAGGAUUUAUUAUAGUCAAGGGAAUCAUCCAUAUAUAACUCGCAAAUUCUUAGAUGUGACUAGUCACUGGUUAUCACAUUUUUUCCUAAUUUCAUCCAUGGUGUGUUAUGGUAGUGUGAACUGUAGUGGUGGGUUGAGGUGGCUUCAUAUGAGUGGCCGAGUGGGUUAUAUAUUUAUUAUUAAUUAAAAAAAGAACACAUUAUUCACCUAAUCCAACUUCUAAAUAUUCACUAUGGGACCUGAACCCUCAACCUUAUGGAAAGGGACACUACUUUACACACCUAAUACCUUGAUACCACUGGGGAGAAGCAUUUGGGUGCACCGGUAGUGAAUCUAGGUCUUCACUUUAAGACCCGUGAAACAUUUUGUAUGCGAUAAGUAAAGUAGCAAUGCAACCGUUAAUACCAAUAGAUGAAUUUUAUAAACAUGUAAUUUGCAAUACACUAUUUAAGGGUUGGGUGUACUUAAACACAGUAAGUCAAGUUUGGGAACCGGCAGUUCAAAAUACAAAGAAACUUGGAAUGUGUCCACCUUUAUGCUUGGUCAUAAACAUGUGCUAAUACCAUAUAAGGCUUUAAGCCUACUGGCCUAACUACCAUGUCAGUUGAAGUCUCUAAUUCUGGGCCAACACAUGUAUUGUAUCUCUAAAUCUGGUCUACUGAAUCUAACCAAAAUGCCAAAACUUUUCUUUUAGUGUAGUUAUAUUAACCGCCUAUCAAACAAAGUACUUUGGCAGCAUAUCUAUCCUAGUCCACUAGUUUUUUAAAACCUUUAAAAAAUACUAGUGAUGGCGAUUCCAAACUGUUCAUUUAUGAAUGGGAAGAUUCUGCUUAUGCUUCAUCUCUAACGAGUUAGCAAGUUUAGCUAUCAAGAAAUGGGUAGAAAGCCACCCAAAGAAUAGUUUAAACGCAUACAGUCUACUAAAU